UCUAUAAAUGCGGUCGAGAUCAGGAAAGAAUGUGACUCGCUUUCUUCUGUGAAAAGAGAACAUGGAUAAAAUGUGUUUCUAGAUUAUGUGCUUCACAUUUCUCAAAGGGCAACAUGAGUAAGAGAGAGAGAAGUGUGUGUCAACAAACCUGGGCCUUAUUCUGCAAGAAUUUGCUUAAAAAAUGGAGAAUGAAAAGGGAGUCCUUAUUGGAAUGGUUGAGCUCAUUGCUCCUACUGCUUAUUUUGUACCUAUAUCCUAAUUCUCAUGAAGUCAUUGAUUUUUCUUCACUGCCUACCAUGGACCUGGGACGGGUAGAUUCAUUUAACCUAUCUACAAUUAAGAUUGCAUACACACCUCUCACCAAUAUAACCCAACAGAUAAUGAAAAAAGUUGCCUUGGCCUCCUGUAUAAAUGAUACAGAUGUCUUGGGACUGUCUGAUGAAGAAAGUAUUGAAGAAUUAAUGGCACAUCUUCCUAGGGAAAUAGUGGGAGUCGUCUUUACUAAUACAUUCUCAUAUAAUUUGAAAUUCUCACGGGAAGAACCAAUUUCAGAAAGGAAGGAACACAGAGCCCAUACAGCUCAUUGUUAUGAAACAUAUUUGGGAGAUACUGACUGUGGAGUUACAACAUCCUGGAAGACAGGCUUUGUGGCUCUUCAAGCUGUCAUUAAUGCUGCUAUUAUAGAAAUCACAACGAAUCACUCGGUGAUGGAGGAAUUGAUGUCAGUUACUGGAAAAAAUAUGAAGAUACAUCCCUUCGUGAGACAAGAAGGGAUGAUCAUGGAUUUCUUCCUUUUCUUCUACAUUAUUUCCUUUUCCCCAUUCAUUUAUUAUGCCUCUAUUAAUGUUACAAGAGAGAGGAAAAGGAUGAAGGCUUUGAUGACAAUGAUGGGUCUUCGACAAUCAGCAUUCUGGCUCUCCUGGGGCUUGCUCUAUGCUGGUUUCAUCUUCAUCACUACCCUUUUAUUGGUGCUUAUUAUAAAAUCUACCCAAUUUGUAAUUUGGACUGGCUUCAUGGUGGUCUUCACUCUCUUUUUCCUCUAUGGACUGUCUUUGAUAGCUUUGGCUUUUCUAAUGAGCGUCUUGAUAAAGAAGUCAUUCCUCACUGGCCUGGUCAUGUUCCUUCUCACUGUCUUUUGGGGGAGUCUAGGAUUCACGGUCUUGCACAGGCAUCUUCCUGCGUCCUUGGAGUGGAUGUUGGGUUUUCUCAGCCCCUUUGCCUUCAUGCUUGGAAUGACCCAGUUUUUACGUGUGGACUAUGAUGUGAAUUCCAAUGCACUUCCUGCUUUUUCGAACUACUCAAGUCAAAUAAUAACAACGCAUUUUAUGUUGGCUUUUGAUAUUUUCAUCUAUCUGGCACUGACGAUUUAUUUUGAAAAAAUUUUGCCAAAUGAAUACGGACACCAAUACUCACCCUUGUUUUUCCUGAAGUCCUCAUUUUGGUCACGACAACAUAAUGCUGAUCAUGUGGCCCUUGAAGAUGAAAUAUAUUCUGAUCCUUCAUCUAAUGACUCCUUUGAACCAGUGUCUCCAGAAUUCCAUGGGAAAGAAGCCAUCAGAAUCAGAAAUGUUACAAAAGAAUAUAAAGGAAAGCCUGAUAAAGUAGAAGCUUUGAAAGAUCUGGCAUUAGACAUAUAUGAAGGCCAAAUCACUGCAAUACUUGGUCACAGUGGAGCUGGAAAAUCAACACUAUUAAACAUUCUUAGUGGGUUAUCUGUUCCCACCAAAGGUUCAGUCACCAUGUAUAGUAAUAAACUUUCAGAAAUGGCUGACCUCGAAAAUAUCAGCAAGCUCACUGGAGUUUGCCCACAGUCCAAUGUGCAAUUUGACUACCUCACUGUGAGAGAAAAUCUCAGACUCUUUGCUAAGAUAAAAGGGAUUCCACCACAGGAAGUGGAACAAGAGAUACAAAGAGUUGUGCUGGAAUUGCAAAUGGACAGUAUUAAAGACAUCGUUGCUCAAAACUUAAGUGGUGGACAGAAAAGAAAACUCACCUUUGGGAUUGCCAUUUUAGGAGAUCCUCAGAUUUUCCUAUUGGAUGAACCAACUGCUGGGUUGGAUCCCUUUUCAAGGCAUCAAGUGUGGAACGUGCUGAAGGAGCGGAGAAUGGGCCGUGUGAUCGUGUUCAGUACCCAGUUCAUGGAUGAGGCUGACAUCCUGGCUGACAGGAAAGUGUUUCUCUCCAAAGGGAAGCUGAAGUGUGCAGGCUCAAGUCUGUUUCUAAAGAAGAAAUGGGGGAUUGGGUAUCACUUAAGUUUGCAGUUGAAUGAAAUGUGUGUUCAAGAAAAAAUAACAUCCAUUAUUACAAAGCACAUCCCUGAUGCCAAAUUAUCAGCAAAAAGUGAAGGAAAACUUGUCUAUACAUUGCCCUUGGAAAGAACAAAUAAAUUUCCAGAACUUUAUGAGAAUCUUGAUCUCCGUCCUGACCUGGGGAUUGAGAAUUAUGGUGUUUCCAUGACAACCUUGAAUGAGGUGUUCCUGAAACUAGAAGGAAAAUCAACUAUUAAUGAUCCAGGUAUUGCCACAUCUGGAGAAGUACAAGCAGAAGAGGCUGGAGACACAGAAAGACUUGUUGAGAUGGAACAAGUUCUCUCUUCACUUAGUGAGAUGAAAGAAACAGUAGGUGGCAUGGCUCUGUGGAGACAGCAAAUCCGUGCAAUUGCAAGGGUCCGCUUAUUAAAGCUAAAGCAUGAAAGAAAAUCUCUUUUAUCACUGCUAUUGAUUCUAGGAAUUGGAAUUUUUCCUAUUCUGUGGGAGUACAUCACCUUGAAAACAUAUGGUGGCACUUACACAUGGGAACUUUCUCCCCAUUUAUACUUCCUUGCUCCUGGACAACCACCGCAUGAUCCUCUCACUCAGUUAUUAAUCAUCAAUAAUACAGGGGCAAGCAUUGAUGACUUUAUACAUUCUGUGGAGCGUCAGAACAUAGCUUUGGAAGUGGAUGCAUCUGGAAAUAGAAGUGGCCUAGAUGAUCCAUCUUAUAAUGGAGCCAUCAUAGUGUCUGGUCACAACAAGAAUUACAGUUUUUCAUUAGCAUGCAAUACCAAGAGACUGAAUUGCUUCCCAGUUCUAAUGGAUAUUGUGAGUAAUGGGCUGCUUAGAAUGGUUAAACCAUCAGCACGUAUCCAAACUGGGAGAAGUACAUCUUUGCUGGAACUGGAGACUCCACAUGGAUUCAUGAUGCCUUCCAUGUUCUGGCUGCUUUUGUCAUCCAGUUGUGCUCCUUACAUUGCCAUGAGCAGCAUUGAUGAUUAUAAGAACAAAGUGUGGUCCCAGCUUCGGAUUUCCGGCCUUUUCCCUUCUGCUUACUGGUUUGGACAGGCGUUGGUGGACGUCCCACUAUACUGGCUGAUUUUCCUUCUAAUAUAUUUCCUGGAGAUCAUUUUAAGCCUCAAAGAUUCUAUAUUUAAAGCUGAAAGUCAGGUUAUUCAAAUCCCAUGUGCUAUUGGAUCUUCCACAUCCCUUAUUUUCUUUACAUAUGUAAUUUCGUUCGUUUUUCGCAAGGGGAAAAAAAAUUGUAGCAUUUGGUCUUUUGGCUUCUUUGUUACUUUCCUUCAACUUAUCACCUUGAUUUUUAUUCUUCGAUGUCUGGAAUGGAAGUUUGGGAAGAUAUCAAUGAGAAAGGAUCCCUUCUUUCGAAUUUCUCCAAGAAGCAGCGAUGUACACCAAAAUCCAGAGAAACCCGGGGGGGAGGAUGAAGAUGUCCAGAUGGAAAGAGUGCGAACAGAAAAUGCUUUGAAUUCCACAAACUUUGAUGAGAAACCAGCCAUUAUUGCCAGCUGUCUACGCAAGGAGUACACAGUGAAGAGAAAACACUGCUUUUCCAAGAAGAAGAAGAAAAUCGCCACAAGAAAUGUCUCUUUCUGUGUCAGAAAAGGUGAGAUUUUAGGAUUACUAGGACACAAUGGAGCUGGUAAAAGUACAUCCAUUAAAGUGAUAACUGGAGACACCAAACCAACUGCUGGACAGGUGCUACUAGAAGGCAGCAGCGAAGGGGACCCUCUGGGGUUCCUGGGGUACUGUCCUCAGGAGAAUGGGCUGUGGCCCAACCUGACAGUGAGGGAGCACCUGGACGUGUUCGCUGCGGUGAAAGGGCUGAGGAAAGCAGAUGCCACAGUCACCAUCACACGGUUGGUGGACGCGCUCAAGCUGCAGGAGGAGCUGAAGCGCCCCGUGAAGGCCUUAUCAGAGGGAAUCAAGAGAAAGCUGUGCUUCGCGCUGAGCAUCCUGGGAAGCCCAUCGGUGUUGCUGCUGGACGAGCCGUCCACGGGCAUGGACCCCGCGGGGCAGCAGCAGAUGUGGCAGGUGAUCCGGGCCAGCUUUAACAACUCCGAGGGGGGCGCCCUCCUGACCACCCAUUACAUGGCCGAGGCAGAGGCCCUGUGUGACCGUGUGGCCAUCAUGGUGGCCGGGAGGUUGAGAUGUAUUGGUUCCAUCCAGCACCUGAAGAGCAAAUUUGGCAAGAAUUACCUGCUGGAGAUGAAGGUGAAGACCCUCGCCCACGUGGAGCCCCUCCACAGCGAAAUCCUGAGGCUUUUCCCCCAGGCUGCUCGGCAGGAAAGGUACUCGUCUCUCAUGGUCUACAAGUUGCCGGUGGAAGAUGUGCGACCUUUAGCACAAGCUUUCUUCAAAUUAGAGAGGGUUAAACAGAGCUUCGACCUGGAGGAGUACAGCCUGUCACAGUCCACCCUGGAGCAGGUCUUCCUGGAGCUCUCCAAGGAGCAGGAGCUGCAGGACUUCGAUGAGGAAGUUGAUCUCUCUGUGAGGUGGAAGCUCCUCCAGCAGGAAGAGCCCUAAAGGCUCUUUAUUGUUCUUUAGGCCUGUGACUCUUUUUCAGUUAAUAUUUUAUAGCAUUAUGAUACCUUAUCGCAGACAUGGACAGGGUACUUUUGAA